GUGACUGUCUUAAAACGACACGCGCACAGACACAACUUUUUCCCAAAGAGUUCUACGCACGCGCCGACGCGUCGGUGUUUCUGGAUGAAACGAGCCUCUUCAUGGAUGUAAGCUCGGUUAUUUAGAUUUGGACGCUGUAAAAUCUUGCCUCACUUGUGUUGUAGUUAUUGUGUUGGGAGGAGGAGGAGGACAACCGGUGUAGUUUAACUGGGUUUACAGUUAAGCUAAGCUAGCUGAUAAACUGAGCAGCAGCUUGUUGUGUUUUACAUCUGACUGGUUCUGGUUCUGGUUCUGAGUUGUCUGAGGACUUUUCUGUUAGUUUGAGCACUGAGGGAAAUGUCCGAGUUAAGUGACGAGGCCAGUGAGUCGGAGCAGCUGGGGGCCAGCCUCUCCCUGUGGCUGGGGGACUCCCUGCUGCGACCCGAGGAGCUGGAUGUCCCUCUGGAUCUCCACACUGCCUGCUCCAUCGGCCAGUACGACGUAGUGGCUGAAUGCGUUAAAAACAGGCGUGAAGUGGACCUGGAUAGGAAGAACAAGGGAGGAUGGACCCCGCUCAUGUAUGCUUCUUACAUCGGACAUGACAACAUUGCUAAUCUGCUGCUGGAGGCUGGAGUGGAUGUGAAUGCGACCACACCAAGAGGCCUGACCCCCCUGAUGCUGGCCGCGAGCUGUGGGAAUGAGAGCAUAGCAUACUUCCUGCUCCAGCAAGGAGCAGAGCUGGAGCUCCGGGAUACUAGAGGCUGGACGGCUCUGUUUCACUGCACCAGCACAGGCCAUCAACAGAUGGUCAAGUUCCUGCUCGAUAACAACGCGGACGCCAAUGUCAAAGAACCUGUGUCAGGUUUCACUCCUCUGAUGGAAGCCGCUGCUUCUGGACAUGAAAUCAUUGUUCAGUACCUCCUUGAUCGAAAAGUGAAAGUUGGUGAGCGUAAUUCGAAGGGGGAGACGGCCCGUGGCCUGGCCAUGAUGUACGGCUACAUCAAGAUUGUUGGCCUCAUAGACUCACGUUCUCAAAGAAUUAAGCCAGGACACUUUGAAGACCUAAGCUCCUCAGAAGACUCGGACAGCUCUCCGCCGAGGACUCGGCCCAGUCGAAGCCGAGUCAAAGGCGUCAGCAUCCAUGAUGGACCUCAGGCCAUUGCCAAGUUCAGAGUUGGAGGAAAAGGCAAACAAUGUGGUGGGUCACAGAAAAAAAACCCAGCAUCUUCAGAACCUCCUGCUGCGCCGCCUGGAUUCACAACCUACCGUGAUGUCGGUGAGCAGAGCGAGAACAUCUGCUACCGGGAUGUGACCUCACCAAUCAACGAGCUGGAUGGGCAGAGUCACAGCAGCAGAGAUGACAGUCCAUUCUUUGAGAACGACAUGUCCACCAUGAGGAGCAGCAGUAGCAGCAGCGAAGGCCUGCCUCGCGUGGUCACACUCAACUGGGAGGGAUCCGUGGAGAGUAAUGAGGACUCAGACCAGGGCCAGCAGAGCAGCUCUCGCAGGCUAAACAAGAGUCAUCACUCCAAAGGAAAGACGCGGCAUGGAAACGGCGAAGCAGCUCUCUCCAGCGGGACAGGAAACUGUGGCAAAAACGCACACUCUGGUUCUCUGCCUUCUUACAACGGGCCAAAGGAUUUGGCAGAAUUCUUGGAGCAAAUCAGCUUCUCCAAAUACCUCCCUCUGCUUGCAAAAGAAGACGUUGACCUGCGGAUAUUUCUCACGCUGACUGAGAACGAUCUGAAGGAAAUAGGAAUAACGCUGUUUGGUCCCAAACGGAAGAUGACCUCAGCUAUUGCGAGAUGGCACAGCAGCGCUCCACCCCCCAGUGACGCUCUGGAACAAGCUUACGCCGACCAGCUGGAGGCUAAGAUGCAGGAAAUGGCCAUCCAGCUCCACAAGCGAUGUGAGGAAAUAGAGAGUCUGGAGAGUCAGGUGUCUCAGGAGAAGGAGCUGCGGACGGUGAUGGAGGGAUGCCUGAUGGAGGACAAAAUGGCUUGGAAGAAGGUUCACUCUGAGCUGGUAGAGAAUCACCGGCUGGCUCAGGACAUCAGCGCCACACUGAUGAAGGAGAGGGCCUGUCAGGCCAAACUGCUGUCCUACUUCAUGGCGGAUGGGAAAAGCGGUUCCAACCCAGGCCUGGAAGCUGAAGGAAGAGAUUCUGCUGAUAAAGAGGGAAUCCGAUGUUCUCACAUAGUGGAUCUUAUGAAGAAGCUGGAGUCCUAUCAAGAUAAAAUGGCAGGGACUCUGGAAACACUGCUUCAGAGUCUGAGGCGACUGAGUGCCCCAGAAAAAGUUUCAGACAGCUGGGAACGCCCUUAGCCUGCCUUAAGAGAGGUUACUGCAAAUACUUUGACGGAGGGUGAUCAUACCACCCUGAACAAUCUCUGUGAAGCGGGUGAAAGGCCAGAAGGAAAGGUCAGACCUGCUGGAGGAAAGCAGCGAAGAUCUGCAGCUCGCCUGUCAUUGGCUGAAGGACCUGAGCUCGCCAGAUGAGGGCAGGAGCAACACAGCUGCUGCAGGGAAAUUACAAGCAGGCAGGGAGGAUUGUGAUCCUCACACGCUUGUGCUGGUGUGUUGAACUCAUGGAGUAGAUGAAAAGAGAGGAAAAACAGGAGACGGUCAGAGGCUAGUACUCUGGUUCGACCCGAGUCAUGAGAUGAGGAUGUGGAGUGUUCACAUUUUCUGCUUUUAAAAUUAA